GUUAGUCUCCUUUAUUUCAUGCAAGGCACAGCAUACUUGGUGAAUGGCCCUUAAAUGCUGUCGGAAAAUCUGUUCUCGUUGUGUUAAAAGUGUACACUGAAUUGAUGGGUUGGACUCUGCCAUGUAUUUCCAUGUGUGCAGUUGUCUCAACAAACUUAUCACAGCGUCAUAUCACUUCUAUAAACAUUUCCACUCAGUGCAACUGCAGUUUAUCAGUGUCAUAAUGCAAAAAUGGCCAGCAUGUGCUUCUAAGUGAUGGUCAAUGGUGGCUUUAUGCCCAGAGGGGGAAGAUAUCAGAACUGCAUGGAAACUGCAAAGUGUCCUGGAAAGUCUGUCUGGUAUCUAAAUAUUUAUUUUGAAACAAUCUUUUUAUUUUUUUUGGGGGGGGGGAGGUCUACUGCCCUUGACAAUUUUUUUCUUUCAGACACUCCUUGUGAGAAUUCUUCUGCUGUAGCUUUUUCCUGAUGGAGCCCUGUGCAUGCAAAAGUUUGCAAUUAUAUUUUGGACCAUCACUGAGCCAUUUAAUACAUGUAAAAUAUAUGUUGCAUGCAUAAUGUCGACUCCCAUGGAUGGCAUCAGCAGGUAUAUUGUAAACAAAUCAGCACAAACUGGCCACUACUAAUGUCUUUUCCUUCCACGAAUUUCCUUUCAUAAAAUACAUUCAGUCAGUAAUUGUUGUGUCCUAUGAGUGUUCAUACAGUUAUAGCCAGGGGCCUUGAUAGCCCUAACAGUCCCAAUUCCUCCAAUUUCACUAAGAUUUUACAUACACCCUGGGGGUUAGGGCUAGGUUAUGCUCUUAUCAAAGGCCCCACAUGCUGCUUCGAAAUGGGGAACAUGUUUACACACGCUUCAUACAAUGUAUGUUGUGCGUUUGAAAAGUGUGUUUAUUAAAAGGGUUUGGCCACAUUGAAUACUAAGUAGUAUACAUGUUUCCAUAUGUAGCUUUGUCUACUUUCUCCCCCUUCCCCCCCGGGAAAUCUACUAAUGUUCCCUCUAUUGUCUGGGAAAACAACCCAGACGUGGAAUUCCUUACCGUUUUAGUCAUUUCCUUUUCUGCAACACUCAGUAAGAAACCCAAAUGAGCCGUCUGAGUUUUUGUCUGUCUUGCCCAAUGCCCAAAUGCUGAUGGACAUAAUAAAAUUCACAAGACAUCGCACUUUGGUUGGUGAAAACCAUUGAGGACAACAGAUUUUUCUCCUUUGCAGAUUGAAAGUGCCCUUUUGAUGGCUAUUUCCUGAAGAACCAUCUUUAUUUCCUGGCCAAUGACUUUGCUUGCUGUGGAUUGAACCUCAAGCAAGAUGCUCCCAUUCCGUGUUCGGAGGAGAAUGAGUCUCCUCCUUGGACUUCUUCUCUGCUCACUGGUUUGUGUGCAGUUCUUCAACCUUGGUCUUGGAUCCUUUGAGCGGACAGCAAAAGAUUUCCAGAACCUAGCCCUGCCGACUUCUCAAGAUCCAUGGAAUUUUGGAAUGUGGAAAGAGAGCCAGACCAGGGGUGAGAGUGUUGCUUCCAAGGACUUCUCAGCUAAGGACUUUGGAGUAGGAGUGCAACAGUAUGCCCGUCAAGCCUCAAAAGGUGAUGGGGUCGAGGAAAAGGCGGGAGGUAAAGAACAGUCGCUGGAAAUGGCAUCAAGGAUCAGCUCACAAGCUUUCAGGCACUUCUCUAAAGUUUCUCCUGCCGUUCUUCAGGAGGAAAAAUGCCCGGGUUGCUAUGGCACCACCCUUUGUGAUAAGUUUUAUGCAGGGAAUAUCACUCUGGACAUGGAAACGCCUGGGCAUGCCCAGAGCAAGGGGGUUUUCUUUGGCCGCAUGGAGGGGCAGCAGGUCGUCGGAAAGCACUUGGCCAACCCGAGCGAGUUCAAGCGUUUGGACCAUUUUGUCUGCCAGAACAGUAGCCGGCGCAUCCGGCCCAAUCAGUCUUGCGAUGUGAGUUGGGACAUUCUGCACUCACAUUUGUCAAGCAGGAUGGCAUUGGAAGUGGAGUACAUUCGCAAGGAUGCGUACAAAGUGGCACAGACGACUGCUUCUUCUCUGGGCUUAGUGCUGUGUGCCAGUGAACGGUUCCUAGCACAGCUGAAGGACUUGUAUGGCCUCAACAGGUGGACCAGGGACUACUCACCGGAGAUUGCCACCCUCAUGACUUCCUUGCUUUUGAAUCCGGAGGGGCUUCUGCUGAAGUUUUUCCAUCAGUAUGUUCCUGAACUCCAGAAGUACUUCCCGGCCUAUCUGGGCGAGUGCGGCCGCAUGAUCGUUGUGGCUGAAGCUGGGGUACCGCUGAGUGAAUAUCUCAACGCAUCCUGGGACGUUCGUGCUGAUCUGGCUCGACAGAUCUUGCAGAUGAUCCACGAUUUCCAGAACGCCAGCAGUGACUGGAUGGUCAUUUUUGCAGAUUUCUCCUAUGACAAUUUUGCAGUGACAGCCGACGGACACAUACAGUUGCUUGAUCUGGAGGAUAUAAUGAUCAUAGACAAGCGUGACAUAUCGCCAGGCCAGAAGCACAAGUCAGCAUGUGACGAGGAGUGCUUCGUCACAUUCACCAAGAGCCUCUUCCAGACUGGUGGGCAGGAUUGCAGGGUUGUCCCACAGUACUCACAGGUGAUGCUGCUGUUUGCCUGCCACAAGCUCCUCUCAGACCUGGACUCCACCAAGUACCUGCGCCACUUUUACGAUGAGAAAGAGAAACAAGUUUCAACAGUGGGUCUGCUGCAUGACAUACCAGAAAUCCUUGAGCCCAACAUGUCCAACCUCCUCUACAGCUGCGUGUUUGAGUCUGCUCCUGGCCAGAGAAUACAGUCUGCCAACAUUCUGAAGCGACUCCUUGAAGCGACCGGAAGAGGAUACAUGAGAAGCUGAAGGUGCGAUUUCAGAAAUGAUGGCCAAUGAUGUUGACAGAGGGAGUGCCCUUCCUUCAUCAUUUUUCUGUUCAUGUAAAACCCAUCCAGUAGGCAGGGCAUCUGUUUGAAUAUUUUGUUCAUGUAUUUCACUGCUGAACUGUGCAAUUGUUUGAGUAGGCUAUGUGGUUUUAAAAUUACAUAGUCUAUGGUGUACUUCUUGCGUAAAUGAGCUGUCCAAAACUGCCUGAGAUAGGUCGCUGAAGUUUAGAAGUGAUAGCCUGAAGUUCUGUCUGAAAAAAGUAGACGAUUUUAACAGUAUCCUGUCUUGAGAGCAUUCAAUUUCUCUCAGAAGAUAGAGAGAAGGUUCAACUCCAUCUUUCCUAAGAGCCAGGAAAGAAACGAAACCACAUACAUGCAUUUUGUUAGGAAGUUGACCAAUAAAAAUUGAAGCCCUUCGUCAUCUUCCUUGAAUUUGGGGCCUUGCAGGAUGUGAUUUAAAGGAUUAGAACAAAAGGUGCAAUGUUGUCUGUCUAAUUCUGAGGUGGCAAAGUUUAGCCAUUACCGCCCAAUGCUGCUUUUACCAUGAUGCAGCAAAUCUUGCAAGCCAGUGGUCCUGUAAAUGAAUGAAACACUCUCUAGCUUUGGGCUGUUUAGAAUGAAUUACCAGCCUUAGUCAGAUUUCCUGCCUCCCUUUGAAUCAUUUUCUACACAUCUACACUUCCCGAAAUGCCUUGUGAGCUUAACAUGCUGAAACCUCAGCCUCUGUCUCGUUUCGUUCGUGAAGAAACUGGCAGCAACCGGAAAAGUAGUAGUCAUCUUGUCAGUUUGCCCUCCAAAAGGAGAGUUCAGGCUGUUUGGGGGAUUGUUUCGUGGCUAAUUAUUAAUACCUGAGUCCUGCAUGAAUGCAACUGCUUGAUAGAAGUUCUUACUCCUGGUCAUGUGGACUUGACUUGCGUUGAUGAUUUCUCCCAUGUGCCUGAGAAAUCAAGGUUAUUGUGGUGUGGCUGUUCUGUGUCGUCUGCCAUCAGGAUCCAAAGAACACUCAUGAACAGUUUUAAAUGUCACUGCAGCUUUCCAGAAAGCAGGCCUUACAUUUGCUGUGCAGAAAAAUUCUGCUUGUAAUUAAUUGGACAUUGUGGUUUUACAGGUGUUGAGUGGUUAAUAAUUACACCUCAGUGACUUGCAUUGAUGGACACUUUUCUUUCUGAAAGGUACAGAGAAUAAAUAAAAAUUGCGUGCAAUGAUGUUCAUAUGCCUCAUUUGAAUGUAAAAGGUGCUUUCGUUAGUAAAUCGUUUUGUUAAAUUUUGUUAACUUUGUGUAUUUUUUGGUGCCGGAGGUAUUGGAUUGUUUCAUUUCAGAAGUGCUGUUGGAAUGAGAAGUUGGCUGUCAAGCCAUUAGAAUGAGAAGUCGGCUGUCAAGCCAUUAGAAUGAGAAGUCGGCUGUCAAGCCAUUAGAAUGAGAAGUCGGCUGUCAAGCCAUUAGAAUGAGAAGUCGGCUGUCAAGCCAUUAGAAUGACAGUUUUUCUAGUUUAAGUUUGAUGUCACUGCUGAAAGCAACCUGCUUCUCUUCAUCUGAUGUGGGUGAAACUUGCAAUUGCAUGAAUGAAUACUUGAAUUAAUAUUCAAGGGAAAUUUUGGGCUGUUUAGAGUCAACCAAUAGGACCUAGAACCUUACCAAGCCUACGUCACCUUUUAAAACAUCAUGGGUGAACUUGUUAAAACUAGAAACUUGGGUGUUUUAGCGUGCCUUUAUGAUUGUUCUUGUCAGAUGUUUGUACAUGUACAUGUGCGGAAAAAAGAGAGUGCAGACCAUACCAUUUUUACAAGAUUCAAUGUAAACCUGAACAAUAAUGUAAGUUGUUACAUGUAUAUUUUUCAUACUGGGUUGGGAAAUUGCAUCCUGAUAUUUUCAAGAUGUAUUAAUAUACGUUGGGUACGGGCAAACCGUUAUAUAUAAUUUGCAUCCUGAUAUUUUAAUUCAGACAUCACUGUGUGUACUACACAUUUUCGACCAGUAACUUCCAGACAAAAGCUUAGCUGGAUAAAUUGCAUUCGAAUCCUAGACAGUUGUGGCAUGUGACAUGGUUUUAGUUAAAGUAUUUUUGGAAAAUGCUGAAUUUAAAAACUAUUUCACCGUGACAUGCUAUGCUUGCCCCUCCCCCCUCCAAUGAAAAAUUGUCGUCCCCAUUGGAAGAGAGCUAAAUGUAAACAUUACAUUGCAGUUAUUUGGAGUCAUUUGCAAUAAAUUGUAACAUUAAUUAGUGCUUAAACUGGAAACUAUUACUUUGAAGCACAUCCCAUAGUUAACACCUUUAACCAGUUCUGGGCACCCCACAGUUUCGUCCCCUCCCCCUCACCGUCUGUGGAGAGAACACUGGCUAUGCCACAGGUGUGCACAAAUUUUUUUCUCAUAAGUAAUCCUGUCGUUACACUUUUGCAUGGGAUAAAAAGAAAUGCUGAUUUAUGUAUAAAUUCGCCGUUUAAACAGUACUGCUAUUUCACUUGUUUUCUUUCAUGUGCACAGGGUUGUGGUUUAUACAAUCAAUUAUGAGUGGAUAUAAUUGAUGCUUUGUUUUGUACAGACGUUAGGCUUAAUGGUUGAACAGCAAAUAAUCAACAGAAUUUGUGAAAUAUGAAUUGAAUUUUUUGCAGUAAUUAUUUUCAACUUUUUCACUCAUUAGUCGGCUGGGGAGCUUAAUGGAUUUUGAUAAAUAAAAGCAGUAAGAAUACUGGAA